GCCGUGUGGAGCUGCUGGUGUUCGGCUAUGCCUGCAAGCUGUUUCGAGAUGAUGAGAAGGCUCAGUACCAGGAGCAGGGGCGACACCUUAUUCCUUGGAUGGGAGACCCCAAGAUCAUGAUCGAUAGGUCGGUGUAACACAACCCCUAGACUGUGCUGCGAGAUCUCCUGUUAUAGCCUCUUUCUGUGCCUCCCCUUGUGCUGUGGGCAAGUGAGGGCGGGGGAUGAGCGGAGGGCUCGCUGCCAGAUGUGUGGGAAUCUUCAUUGGCAGCGUUGGAGGGCCGCGCCUCUUGCUGGGCUGCUUCCAGUGGUGUGUGUGGAAUGCUGCUGUCCCCAGCAAUGGGAACUUGGGGUUCCCCUUUCUGGCAGUGUUGGGAAGUUUCCAUCUUUUUGACACCGUUGUGUGGGGUCUUCCUCCUCCACUUGCUCAGUCUGAGUUUGUGGAAUGGAAGGGGGGAAUGAUCUGUUUUCCAUGCAAACCACAGACAUCUUUUCUCACUCGAAAACCAAGAGAGCAUGGGAGCUUUUAUUAGGAGCGUUAUGCAUUCUCUUAGCAAACAGGGUGCAGCGUGGGAAGUGAAAAGAUGUCUACCCACCUUGCGCAAAAUGAGAUUUAUUUCUGUAUAAUCUUGACUACAAGCUGUUGAUGGAGUACCCCAAAAGUAAUGCUUCGUCUGAUUGCAUUUUCCUUGUGCCAUGUGUAAAUCACUGUAUCAACCAGAAUGGCCCUGAUUUUGGGCACUUGCUUUUCAAAUUUUAUGUUAUAGGUGGCUUCUUAGAUUGUUGAGGAAUAGGUACCAGAGAGUACCAUGGCUAGAGAGUGUAUCAGAAUCUGGUGGUUUGAGUUUUAUUCUGGUCUCUUAGCAGUAUCAGCAGUGCAGAGUGGGAUUUAGAAACAGUUUAUUCAGAUGAAUUUUCUGAGCAUUUACCUGGAACAAGAAAAUUAGAAAUCAAGUUCGGUAUACGUGAGUGGAACGCUAAAAGUACAGUUUAGCACAAUUUAAGAAGAGUUAUGGCUGACCUUGACCACUUCACUGGGAAAGAUGGCAGAAUUUUGGCUUGAAAAAGAUCACAUGGCAUACUGUACAUAUUUGUUCCCUCAAUUUCAUUGUUGAUUUAAUGCUAAGCAUGAUUUUUCUUGUUUCAAUUUAACGCAACUCUAAUUGUCUUGAAAAAGAAUCCACAAGAGUGGAGAAAAAAGAAAGAACCUUGCACUAUGUUGGAUUCUUAUGGUUGAAGUUUAUCUCUUAAAUUCGAGUAAAUAUGAAUAUAUGAAAAAACAACUGUAUAUUGAUAUUAUGUCGCACUUCUUAUUCACAUGAGAAGUGUUAUAAUACACACUUCUGAUGGCAGCUCACUUCUAUGAUUGAUCUUGUUAGUAGGUAGAGGCCAUUUUGUGGUUAUAUCCAGCAGUAACCCAGUUUGUGGUAGUCACAGAAAUUGUUGGGAGCAAAAAUAAGUAUGUGCAUGUAUGUGCAUACAUAUAAUACCCCAAAAAAUCAAAUAACAUACAUGCAUAAGUUAAGGAAGCUUGCAUUUACUAAUCCUAUAGACUCCUUUAGAAGCUUAGAUUCUUUUUAUCUCCAGCAGCAGGAAGUCUUCAUUUUCACCAUUUUGAGAAAAGCACGUUGCUGUGAGAAGACAUGGGUUGAAGGUUCUCUAACAGAGCUUGAUUAACCAGACCUACAUGUUUCAUUAACUUUUUGCUAUUAGAAUAUUUACUUUCUUUGUUUUUGGUCUAGCAAGUUGGCACAAGUCAAGAGUUGUGUGUGGGAAGACACCUCAGCGGAGUGGACUUUACUGACACUUUUCAAUCAGUUUCUUUUAUGAUGCACACACAUUAUCCCAAUGCAAUGCUUUUCCUGCAAAUAAAAUGAUUUCUGCGUAGUAGAAAGGAAGUGUACAUCAUUGAUCUUUGCCGUUUUGACGGUGAACCUCCUUAAAUUGCAUGUAUAUGUUACUGUUCCUAUGUAUGUGUGUCUCUCUAUCACAUAACCCAGAACUUAUUUCCUCAGCCAAAUGGCUAGGGGCCGAGCCUAGCCAUGAUUUUACCUCCAAUGGACGCAAGUUUCUAUGGUGAAGAUAUCUCCUGAGAGUUCGGGACUAGCAGAAAGAAGCGAGGAAAUUUCGACCGUUUGGUUCUUACGGAUAGGUAUGAUGGGCGCGGUCACCUGCAUGACCUUUCUGAAUAUGAUGCUGAAUAUUCUACGUGGAACAGAGAUUAUCAGUUAUCUGAAGAGGAAGCUAGAAUAGAGGCCCUCUGUGAUGAAGAGAGAGGAGGAAUAUAAAAGACUGAGCGAAGCUUUGGCUGAAGACGGUACCUAUAAUGCAGUGGGAUUUCGUUAUGGCAGUGAUUAUUAUGACCCUUCAGAACCAACUGAGGAGGAGGAGCAUCAGCCUGCAAAACAAAGAGAAACAGCUCAGACAGAAAACGUGGAAGAAAAUGAAGAACCUUUUGUUGCCCCUCCAGGACUGAAUGUACCUUCUGAUGUGGAACUGCCACCAACAGCAAAAAUGCAUGCGAUUAUAGAACGAACUGCAAACUUUGUCUGCAAGCAGGGAGCUCAGUUUGAGAUUAUGCUGAAAGCCAAGCAAGCACGCAACUCCCAGUUUGACUUCUUGCGAUUUGAUCACUACCUCAAUCCCUACUACAAAUUCAUUCAGAAAGCUAUGAAGGAGGGACGAUACGCCGCUCCUUCUGAGAGUAAAGCAGACGAGAAAAAACACUCAAAAGUCAAAUCUGAGGAAGAGGAUGAUGAUGAUGAUGACGAUGAUGGAAACUAUCUGCACCCGAGUCUCUUUGCAUCAAAAAAAUCCAGUAGACUUGAAGAGCUCGUGAAGCCUUUGAAGGUAGUAGAUCCUGAUCAUCCACUUGCAGCACUGGUCCGCAAAGCACAAUCAGAUAAUAAUUCAUCAACACCACAAUCAACAGAUGGGGCAGCUGUACAAACAUCACAAGUGGAAUAUUCCUCUGAUUCAACUGUGGCAGCCAUGUAUUACAGUUACUAUAUGCUACCUGAUGGAACCUACUGCCUCGCACCUCCACCUCCAGGAAUAGAUGUUGCCACCUACUACAAUGCCUUGCCUGCAGGGGUGACUGUAUCAAGCACUACAGGGGUAGCAACUGUACCUCCACCCCCUGGUACGACACCUCCACCUCCCCCUGACACAACUGAUAGCAGCAGUGGGUUGACCUCUACCACAACUUCUACAAGCACAAUUACUCCAGUGGUUGCCAUUAUACCUCCACCCCCAGAUAUCCAACCUGUUAUUGACAAGCUGGCUGAGUAUGUUGCUAGGAAUGGGAUAAAAUUUGAAACAAGUGUUCGUGCCAAGAAUGAUCUCAGAUUUGAGUUCCUACAACCAUGGCACCAGUAUAACCCUUAUUAUGAAUUUAAAAAACAGUUCUUCCUUCAAAAAGAGAGCAGUGACAACUGUCAGGGAGUAUCUUCAUCCGAAGAUGUUCCAGCAGAUUCUACCACUGAUGCACCAAGUGAAACUCAGCUUGCAGAUGGGCACACACCUGAAGAUGGAUCUGAGCCCAGUGCUAAGGGAGCUCUAGAAACUAAAAAGGAUGUUCCUCCUAAAACUGUCAGUGAUGGCAAAUUGGUAAAAGCAUCAUUUGCUCCAAUAAGCUUUGCAAUCAAGGCCAAAGAAAAUGACCUUCUUCCUUUGGAGAAAAACCGUGUCAAAUUAGAUGAUGACAGUGAUGAGGAGGAAGAAGAGGGCAAGGAGGGCCAGGAGAAUGCUAAUAAUGCUUCAAACAGUACUCCAGCUGUUACCACUCCUUGUGUUGCUACUGAAGAGAAAAAACCUCAACUUACACAGGAGGAGUUGGAAGCUAAACAAGCAAAACAGAAACUUGAGGAUAGACUAGCAGCUGCAGCAAGAGAGAAGCUUGCACAGGCCUCCAAGGAAUCAAAGGAAAAGCAGCUACAAGCAGAACGCAAAAGGAAAGCUGCACUGUUCUUGCAGACCCUGAAAAAUCCUCUGUCAGAGGCAGAAACCGAGAAGGUUGAGGAGAAUUCCUUCAGUGUUGAGAGUGUCAGUAGUAUAUCAUGUCCUGUGACUGCAGUCAGAACGUUACCUGCCUUAGAAGUUAGCAGAACUUCUGCAGCAGAAAGGCCUUCAAGCAAAAGCAGAGAUCCUCCUCGGGAUGAAGAAAAAGAAAAAAAGAGAAAAAAACACAAGAAAAGAUCUCGGUCAAGAUCUCGAUCACCUUUCAAGUAUCAUUCAUCAUCUAAGACCAGAUCUAGAUCACAUUCAAAAGCAAAGCACUCACUUCCCACUGCCUAUAGGACUGUCAGGCAUUCAAGACUCACAGCAUCCACAGGGACACUGAGCAUGGAACCGAGUCUGAGCAGCUCAUCAGUGGCAGCAGCAACAGAGCGGGAAAGUUAUCAGGCAGCUUCGACAACGAAAAGAUUUGACUGCUGGCGCUCUUUUGAGGGAAAUCCUGGUAAAAUGUCAAGGUCACGAUCAAGAUCACCUAGGAGGAGAGCUCACACACCAGAAAGGCGGAGAGAGGAAAGGAGUGUUCCAACAGCUUAUCGCAUUAGUAAUAGUCCUGGAAAUAGUAGGAAACGUGCACGAUCCAAAAGUCCCCAUGAAAAGAAGAAGAAGAGGAGGUCUAGAUCACGAACUAAGUCCAGAGCUAGGUCUCCUUCACCAGCUGUGUCACCAGGCAAACCAUCCACACACAAAAAUUCUGUGCAUUCAAAUAGUGUCUCUCCUGUGGAGAGCAGGGAAUCCAGCCAGGAACGCUCCAGGGGAGUUUCUCAGGAAAAAGAUGGCCAAAUCUCUUCAGCGAUUGUGUCUUCAGUGCAGAGUAAAAUCACUCAGGAUCUUAUGGCCAAAGUGAGAGCAAUGCUUGCAGCUUCCAAAAACAUUCAAACUAGUGCCUCCUGAGACCUGUUGAUCUGAUCAUCAAGAAAUUAUGUAAAAGAACAACGUUAAAACUGCCUCAUCUCAAAUGUACAGCUGAGCGUAGCUCACUUGGUUCACAACUCUCUUCUCUAAUAUUACCAGAACUUGAGGAGCUAAAACCUAUCUUUCUGUACAGAACUGUCUCCUUGAAAUUUCAUUAAAUUUUUUCAGGCAGAAUAUCUUUGGGAAGUUUUUGGUUUUUGUAUAUUGAUUUUUUGACUAAUUCUUCAGUAACAUUUUAUGAUCAGCAGUCUAUAUGUGUAUAUUUGUAAAUACUAUGUUUCUGUGAUAAAAGUAUUACACAAUAAUAAAGAACGAAACAUCUUUCAUUA